AUGCCAACCGUGAUGAGUCCGACAUCAGUCCAAGUCAAGAAACCGGAACCCAAGAGCUUGCCUUCGAUCCAAGCGUUUUUCGCUACCUCCUCAGAGUGUCAAUCAACAAUCAAAGCCUCAUUCCUACCACUCCCCACCCCUGACUCUCAAUCUAGCUUGAACCAUCACCACCAACCUCCAAAGAAUCACUCUAAGCGAUCCGUCGCCCAAAUCAACACAACUGUCCUAGCCGUCCUUGCAUCUGGUACUAAGGGUACCGUCACCCGCCUCGAACCCAGUAAGAAACCGAACCCUGUCCAGGCUGGAUUGGAUUGGGAUGAGGACAUCGUUCUACCUGAAGGUGGCCUUCAGACAAUCUUCAGACCUAUCGGUCAUUCGACUCAGGACAUCAAAAAGCAGCCCAGCUUUGCUAGCGCGAUCAGCGACGACUCACUCUUAUUCUCCAUACCCACUACCAUUCUUGGAUUGAUCCUCCUCUUGCUCGGACGCACCCUCCCCCGUUUUUACUCCUCAGUCGCUUUUGCCCUUGCCAUCGCCUUCCCAACCUGGGCCUUGUCUCUCAACCUGGCCGGUGUCUCCGGUAUCACCGGCCGAUCAUACAGCCAAGACACUCAGAAUAUCAUCAUCUGGGCUCUAGUCUCCGGGACUUUCUUCUUCGGACUCUCCUUGAGCUUAUUGAUCGGCCAGCAUGGCUAUCCGAUUGCUCUAUUCCUAUUGUCCAUCCAAGCCGGUCUAGCCAUCACAAUCUCAAUCUCAAUCUUGAUCUUCUCAAACGGACUCACCAUCCAUCAUACCCUCAGCCGAUCAAUCUUCCUUGCCAUCGGGCCUUCCAUCUCUGGCCUCAUCACCAUCAUCUGUUGA